AAUCUUGCGCCAUUUUAGACAUUCUUUAUCUUUCACUCUGUAAUGACGAUGGCCUUACACCAACUCUCAGAGACUUUAUACGCAGACUGACGACUAAUCAUUAAAGACUUGGUCUUUCGUAAAUGACUUGGUCUUUCUUUCACACUCAAAUUAUUUUCGGAGAUGCAAACAUUUUUUUUUUGGUUUUUUCCAGAUUUGACCAGUUUGGUCAUCAGCACCCUCUACAAAAGCAAUGAAUUUUGGGAGAAUAUUUCAUAGUUUUUGUUAUCUUCUCUUGUAAUUGAUACUUAGCAUAAUAUUCAUCUUAUUCUCUGAAAGAUGAAUUCAAAGGCAGAGAAAGCUGUCAUAAAUGGCCUCUUAUGGCUGUCACUUUUAACUGCUAUGGUGAUUGCAUCAGAUCCAGACCUUCUGCAAGACUUCUGCGUUGCUGAUGUAUCUAAAGGGGCAGUUAAGGUGAAUGGAUUUGUAUGCAAGGAUCCCAAGAAAGUAAAACCCUCUGAUUUCUUGUUCAAAGGGCUGCGAAAACCAGGUUUAACCAAUAACACAUUUAGCGGCAAGGUUACAUCAGGAAAUGUGCAGAGCUUUCCAGGGCUAAACACAUUAGGCAUCUCAAUGAACAGAGUAGACUUAGCCCCUGGUGGCAUAAAUCCACCUCAUACUCAUCCUCGUGCAACAGAGAUUGUAUACUUAAUGAAGGGCACCAUUCUUGCUGCCUUUAUCGGCACCGACAAUGUUUUUUACUCCCAGAAAAUGAAGAAGGGAGAUGUGUUUGUGAUACCAAGGGGGUUAGUGCAUUUUCAGCAGAAUAUAGGGUCUUCCAAUGCUGUGGCAAUCACUGCUUUUAACAGUCAGUUGCCUGGAGCUCAGGUUCUUCCUUUAACACUUUUUGGGUCUAGUCCUGCAAUUCCAGAGGAGGUUUUGGCUAAGGCUUUUCAGAUCAGCAAGAAAGAAGUGAAAGAAAUCAGUUCUAAAUUUACUCCAUCAUAAAUGAUCGAAUUCCAUUACCAUUGGAUGACUACAUAAUUAUUUGGACUUCAUUGAAUAAAUCUGACAAAAAGAGAAGUGAUAGGGUUUCUCAGAUUGUUUCGGACAAAAUGAUUGAUUAAUGUAUUUGGCGUUUAUUUUGUUAGCCCUAAUUACCCAAUAAAGUUCAAGUUGAGAAUUA